UUUUCCGCCAACAAAACUCGGCAUGUCGACAAAAAAGAAGACAAAGGUCCUAUCGAAGAAAAAAGGCAAGAUUUUGGUGCCAAAAUGGAAGCUUUUCCGCGCCAAAGAGCCUGUCUUGUCGGUUUUCAUGUGGGGAAUCAAUCAUACGGUGGAUCAGCUGCUUCAUGUCCCUCCGCCAGGGCUUCUAAUGCCAGAUGACUUCAAGGCAUAUUCGAAAGUAAAAAUCGAUAAUCACAAUUUCAACAAAGAUAUUAUGCCGUCACACUACAAAGUCAAAGAAUACUGUCCAAAUGUGUUCCGUAACCUUCGUGAGCAAUUUGGUGUCGACAAUUUCGAAUAUCUACGCUCGCUGACGUCAUACGAGCCGGAGCCCGACUUGUUGGAUGGCUCGGCAAAGGAUUCCACGCCGAGAUUCUUUAUAUCGUAUGAUAAGAAGUUUGUGAUCAAGUCAAUGGACUCCGAAGCGGUCGCCGAGCUCCACUCAGUACUCCGGAAUUAUCAUCAAUAUGUCGUCGAAAAGCAAGGAAAAACCCUUUUGCCGCAAUAUUUGGGACUUUAUAGACUAACAAUCGAGGGCUCAGAGACAUACCUGAUCGUAAUGCGCAACGUGUUCGGCCGAAAGUACGGUGUCCAUACAAAAUUCGACCUUAAAGGAUCUACAGUAUCCCGUGCGGCGUCGGAUAAGGAAAAAGCCAAAGAUCUCCCAACACUGAAAGAUAACGAUUUUCUGGAACAAAACUGGAAGCUUAACCUGCCGCCAGAGGCCGGAAAACUGCUCAUUGAGAUGCUCACUAGUGAUACGGAAUGGCUCACGAGAAUGCAUUUGAUGGAUUAUUCGCUGCUAGUUGGUAUCCACGACUGCGAACGUGCCGCCCAAGAAGCCGCCAAUCGUCCCGUAGAACAAAACAGUGAAGAAUCGGGCGACGAGCUCGCCCCGACGCCCCCAGACUCGCCGAUCCCGUCAACGGGCGGCGCAUUUCCCGGAGUUUCGGGCGGUCCCGACCUCGAUGAUGAAUUUUACGCCAUCGCAAGUCCCGCGGAUUUUGAGAAAAAUUUGAUCUAUUUUAUUGGGCUCGUCGAUAUUCUCACCUACUACGGCAUCAAGAAACGCAGUGCGACGGCCGCGAAAACUGUGAAAUAUGGCUCAGAUGCCGAGAAUAUUAGCACUGUUAAACCGGAACAGUAUGCCAAACGACUCGUCGAAUUCGUAAGCCGGGCUCUCAACUGACCCCGCCCACCAUCUACAGUAACCCCGCCCUGCCCCGCCCCCCUUUUGCACCUUUAAUUUCGCACAUUGAUCUCAAUUUUCAAUUUUUUUGUAAAAAUAAGCUGAAAAGAAAAAAAUAUACCAAAAAUUAUAAUUUAUUUCCGAUAUUUUCCUGCUUUGCUCUCCCGCCCCCGUCGCCCUAAGCUCCGCCCAUUUCUGACCCGCUAAAAUUCCCGAUUUAUAAUUUUUUUUUGAUUUUCUCCUGAAAAUUUGUCUGUAAUUUAUCCCCCGCUAUUACCUUUAUAUUUUUGUGUAAAAAUAAACAGUAUUUGGCAUGAAAAUGUGAAAAAUUG